AUGGACUCCACCGAGAUGCGCGACGCCCCUCCGGUUGACGAGACGAUGGCCGAUGCCAUGAAUGUUGCCGACGAGGGUGACAUGGAAAUCACUCCGAAGACCGAAGAGGAAUACGCGCAGUCUAUGCUGACCCUCCGCGCCAUCGUCUCCUCUAAGGAAGCAGGCGUGAUUAUCGGCAAAGCCGGUAAAAACGUGGCCGAUCUCCGUGAUGAAACCGGUGUCAAGGCUGGCGUGAGCAAGGUCGUUCCUGGCGUUCAUGAUCGUGUCUUGACCGUCACGGGGCCUCUGCAAGGUACGGCGCGGGCUUAUGCCUUGGUUGCCAAGGGCUUGCUUGAAGGAGCCCCGCAAAUGGGCAUGGGUGGCAUUGUGAACAACAAUGGAACUCACCCUGUCCGCCUCCUGAUCUCCCACAAUCAAAUGGGAACCAUCAUCGGUCGACAAGGUUUGAAGAUCAAACAUAUCCAGGAUGCUUCCGGUGUACGAAUGGUCGCUCAGAAGGAAAUGCUUCCUCAGUCUACCGAACGGAUUGUGGAAGUGCAGGGAACUCCAGAGGGUAUUGAGAAGGCUGUUUGGGAGAUUGGAAAAUGCCUCAUCGAUGACUGGCAGCGGGGAACUGGCACAAUCCUUUACAAUCCUGCUGUUCGUGCAUCGGUUGGCGGAUCCACCUCGAUGAACACAAGCAGCGUGGGCAAUGGCUACAACAGUCGUCCGUACAACCGCACCGGUAACGGCGCCGAUUUCAGCGACGGCCAAUCCGGCGGCUACGGCAGACGCUCUAACCCAGAUACCUCCAACCGCGGCUAUCCCCUUGUCACUGAGGACGGCGAAGAAAUUCAAACUCAGAAUAUCAGCAUUCCUGCGGACAUGGUCGGUUGCAUCAUCGGCAGGGGUGGAAGCAAAAUCACCGAGAUUCGCAGAAGCUCUGGAGCCCGCAUUUCCAUCGCUAAAGCGCCUCACGAUGAGACCGGAGAGCGCAUGUUCACGAUCAUGGGCAGCGCUCAGGCUAAUGAGAAGGCUCUGUACUUGUUGUACGAAAACCUCGAGGCCGAGAAGACUCGCCGUAGCCAGUUGCCUCAGGAAUAA